AUGGACAUACACGAACAAUUGUACAGUGGAGAGGAAAUGUUGCAGAAAGCAGAAGAUCAACAGUUUGUACUUGGCCAACAAUUGAAUGACAUCGAUCUUUAUGAUAUCCAAACAACGAAAACAGUUGAAGAAGCUGAUAAGCUGUCGAAUUCGACAAUGGAAACGUACCAGAUUUUAAGCGAUUUCGAUAAGCAAGCUCAAGAGAAAAAGCGAGAGGCCCUAGAAGCUCUGAGUAGAGUUCCUGAAAUUCAAAAGCUAAUCGAUGACGCAUUCAGAAAGUAUGAUGAAGGCCAUAAAACCCUCGAAGAUGCCAAGUUGUACUCGAACAAUGCACUCAAGAAGGCCGUCCAAGCUCUAGAUCUUGCUCAAAACGCUUCAACUGAUGCCGAAAAGAUCAAGAACGAAGCCAUUCUGUUGAAUCAGAACACCACAGAACUGAACGACGAAGCCAUUUACAUGGGUGAAAGGCUGCAGAGGACCGAAUCCGAAUUCAAGCAUAUUUUCGAACAAAACCAGGUCAACGACUCUCUGAUUGCUAUAGCUAAAGAAAAGGUACAACAAAUUGCUCAACAACUUCAACAACUCCAAAAGUCACAACAUCAGCAACAAAAUGUCGUACAACACCAGCACAACACAAGCAUUCCCACGAACAAUACGAUAGUGCCUCAUCAAACUCAAAUAACACCACCCAACAAUGCUGCCCACAUUCCUGCUAGUCUACUCACUCCAAGCACUCCUGGUUCAGUGGGUUUAACGCCGCAACAUCUUAAAACUCCAUCCAGGCUUCUUGAACCAUCUCCGGAAGAGACCACGGAUCUGGAGGAGCUUGAACAGUUUGCCAAGACGUUCAAACAGAGGAGGAUAAAGUUAGGGUUCACACAAGGAGACGUGGGCUUAGCUAUGGGAAAAUUAUACGGUAACGAUUUUUCUCAAACAACAAUAUCCAGGUUCGAAGCUCUAAACCUGAGCUUCAAGAAUAUGUGCAAACUGAAGCCCCUCCUCCAAAAAUGGCUAGAGGACGCAGACAGCACUAUGACCAAUCCAGGAGCUCUAAGCAACCCUCUGACGACACCAGAAGCCAUUGGAAGACGUCGCAAAAAAAGAACUUCGAUAGAAACAAGUGUGCGAAUAGCUUUAGAGAAAGCGUUUAUGCAGAACCCAAAGCCAACAUCAGAAGAAAUUUCAAUUUUGGCGGACGGUCUCUGCAUGGAAAAAGAAGUUGUGCGAGUGUGGUUUUGUAAUAGGAGACAGGAAGAGAAGAGAAUCAAUCCACCAGCUGCGGCGAUGGGUUCGCCGUGCUCAUCUGCCAAUACUAAUGGCGCAAUGUUCGCGAUUGCUAACUCACUAGCCCCUAGUCCUUUAUCUUUAGUCACAUCUAGCAGUCAUAAUUUCAACCCCAAUAUGAUGGUCAAACAAGAAUGACCCCACGUUAACUUCUUUGCGGAUCACUAUUUAGAGUGAUACAACACAGUGCAAUGAAUAUUCAGUUUAUCACUGAUCACGCAGAAUGUUGCAAACAUAUUGAAUGCGAGUUCCUCGGAAAGGUAUGCCAUACCACUAGAUGAC